AUCUCCUCUUCUCCCACCACCUCAGUCCCGCCCGACUCCCCCUUUGCCAGCGCAUAGCGGAGAGACGAAUACCUCAAUCCCAGUAAUCCUCCAUACCUAGCGACCCCCACGCUGUUCUCCCAGAUGAGCGGCGCAAGCCUGUGGUCCACCUGGUACAACGCUUCCUUCUCGCGCUCACGGGGGCCUCUGAGGACACCGGCGUAUCUCGCGCGAGAGACCGCGAACAACAACACGCCUGCACCGAUGGCGGCAGCACCGAUUGGCGGGGCCAUUGUGAUCGACAUGGAGGAGGAGAGUAAGGGGAAGGAGGAGUCCCUGUUCGGGCCUAGCAUUGGGAUCGUCAACACGGGCCCGGAGUGGACGGCGCUCAAUGAGAAGCGAUUGGUGGAGGAUGAGCUGACGCAGGACGUAGUCAAGGGAUGGGUCGAGAAGAGCCAGUCGGGCACCCAGCCUACCACGACCCUGCAGGCACUCGUCAACCUCAAGCGCCCCACGCUGCGGCUGUCUCCCCUCGCCCCGCUCGACUCUGCUGAUACUUCCCAUCACGCCCUACAGCACGGCAUCUCUUUCUCGUUCGACUGCGACUCCCCACAAUGCGGGAUCUACAUCUACGCGAUGAUCCCUGCCACGCAUCCAGACUCGCCGCUCUACAAGGGCGGGAACUCGUCGGAGGCGGAUGCAAAUGCGCCACUCACGAAGGUGCUGCUGUACGAGCAGGUGACGGAUGGUGGCUUCGGCAAGGUUCUCAACGUCGAAGAUGGCGCCGCGAUUGAGCUCUCGCGCUUCCUGCCCUCGCACAAGCAAUCCAAGCCUCGUAAUCCCGAGGCCAUCGACUCGUCCACCUCUCUCGAGCCGCCCUCAGAUUCAAGCACGCCCCCAAACGAGGACAACUCGGCGGGCAACCGCGCGCGUCGCUUCACCCACUUCCAUCUCCGUCGCUCGAUCUUCCACUCGAGCUCCGACGCCGAUAGACAGCGUAAUCGUGCUGCCUCGGGCCCUGCGCUUGCUGUCGUGGACACGCUGGACCCGUCGAAUCAGGCGCCGCAUGCUGAGGACGAGGGCUCGGAGGUGAAGCUCAUGAUCCGGCUGGCAGCACUCGAUGACCAGGGAACGGAGUUGUCAUUGCCGAACGAACAAGUGACGUUCCUCAGUGUCGCUCGCCACGGCCCGAAGGUCUCCAGGAAGGCGACCGAGGACUCCGGUGCAAAUGCAGAGUCCGCGGCCGAGGCGUCGAACGCCAACGCAGACGAGGCUACUGGCGAAAACACCGCCACCGCCCCGGCCCCCAAGCCCGACGACGAAGAGGAAGACACGCGCCCCUGGGUCGUCCGCGUCGUCAAGCGCGAGGCCACCAUCGGCCCGCACACCUUCCAGCUGCACGAGAUCUACGGCCUCGCGUCGCACUCCGUCAAGCCCGCCGCACCCCCUGUGCCCACUGCCGCCGCCCCCUCCUCUCCCACCUCUGCUACGCAAACCCACACUUACCCACCCGCGGCGAUCACCGCCGGCCUCGCGGACGACGAGAGCGAGGAUUGUCUACUCUGUUUGUCCUCCCCGCGCGAGGUCGUCCUUCUGCCCUGCCGUCACCUCGUCGCGUGUAAGGAGUGCGCGAUCAAUAUGGUCGAGUAUGGCGCGGGUGGGGCGCUCAAUGUCUCAUCGUCGGAGCCAGCGGCGGGCGUCGCUGGCGUAGGCGCGGGUGGCGGGGCCGAGGGUGAGAACGGAAAUGGGGAGGGUGGACAGGAAGGUGGAAACGCAGCGGAUGCCGUCGUUCCUGCGCCGCCACCCCUGGCCAAUGUGACGGAGCAGCGUAGGCGCAAGAGGCGCGCGAAGGGCUGGUUCUGCCCUGUUUGUCGGCAACCGUACACCAGCCUUCUCCGUAUCAGCACCUCCGCUCCACCGCCUCCUGCCCCCGAAGGCGACGCUGCGCCGGCCUCGCCGACCCAAGAGGACGAUUCCGCCGCGCACGCCAGCUCAGGCAACGCGAUGAGGAAUCUGUUACGCCCUCAGUUCCUGCGCGCGUUCUCGAGGCCGGGCAGCAAUGUCAAUGGGGCAAAUGCAGCCAGCGCGCCCAUCACGAGCGCGAAUAGCGCUGGCAACACCGGAAAUGCGAGCGGUGCCGCGAGCGCGCCUGCGACGGAUGUGGAGCUCGCGAGAGUGGUAUAAGACGUGGGCGAACAGAUGACGAGGCGUAAGAGCCCUUUGAGUCGCCGAGGUAGCAGUGGAGACUGAUGCGAGAGGAGGCGAGUAAUGAUGUUACGAAGGAGGCGGACAUGGGUUGAUAGGCGGCGGCGCGCCAUCCUAUACGCUCGACAUGAACUAUUCCGGUUGAUAGAUGGCUCUACCAUGUACUUGUAUUUCUGUAGCCCGACGUCCUGCCUGUACGUUUAGUGUAUUUAAUCAGAUUGACUCGAUGUCCAUGGCGCUGCC